CCCAAUUCCUAUAAACCCUAGAUUGAUUUUCUAAAAUCUCUCUUCUUCCCCAAUCUACUUCCAUCAUCUGUAAAACCCCUUCGACUAAAAAGGGUUUCAUCAUUCAUCCAUGGAUUAUUUCAACAGUCGGCUCCCUGUGGAGAUUACAGUAGACAUUUUAUCUAAACUACCCACAAAAUCAGUUCUGGAUUCCAAAUUGGUAUGCACCAGAUGGAGAAAUGUUGUUUUAUAAUCAUCCUUCAUUCUCCUAUGUGCACUUCCAUCAUCAUCAGCUGGCUCAAGAUUUUUCUUGGAAGUUGGGUUUUCUUGCUUUGACUUUCAGUGAUAACAGGGAUAAUUUUUUUUACUAUAUUGAAUAUAAUGAAAAGAAUCAUGAUGAUGAUGAUGAGGAAUCGACAACACCCAUUAAAAGAAUUAAGUUCACCUCUCCGGUUAGGAAUAGGGGAAAUAUCAUUGCUGGUUCAUGUAAUGGCUUGGUCUGUCUUGGCUGCAACCAAGAUGUUUGUGUUUUUAACCCUAUCACUAGAGAAUAUGUAAUUCUUCCAAAAGUUAAAAUAGAUUAUCGUGAUGUUUAUAGAUAUAACUUCGGAUUUGGUUAUGUUUCUUCAACAAAUGAAUACAAAGUGUUAGUAAUACUUGUGAAGAAGACCAAGGCAGAAGAAAUUUACGUCUACACUUUAGGCAGUCGCCGAGAAUGGAGAAACCUUGGAAACUUGGAUUUUGAAUUCGAAGCCUGUGAUUGGAGUGAACCUGGUGUCUUUGCUAAUGGAGCAAUAUAUUGGAUGAUGGGUGACAAAUGUAAAAUGAUCGUUACCUUUGAUUUGGCUGAGGAGAAGUUUUGUGAACAAAGUUCACCACCUCCUUUGUCACCGGGCAAUAUUUGGCGUGCCAACUGGAUAGGGGUUUUCAAGGGUCUUUUGCUUUUUGCUGCUUAUCUAUGUGACCAAGGAGAAAUAUCUUAUGACAUAUGGCUAUUAGAAAAGAAGAAUCAUAAUCAUGACAAGGAAGAGGGAGAGGAGCAUCAGUCAUUAGGAUGGAGGAAAGAGUUUAGGAUUGACGUUAUGAACUCAAUGAACUUGUUAACCGUUACGAAGAGCGAUGAUGUUUUAACUAUGGGUAGUUACUAUAUCGACAUUUACGACACAAAAACGUCAAAGGCUUGUGAAGUUUAAGAAUUGGAUUCAGCGAGUAUUCCCUCACGAGAACGCCUUGGUUACAUUGAAAGAAUUAGGGGAAGAAGAUACAAAAGUAAUGGAGUCAGUAGAGGAGACAAAAAGGGGUGAACAGCUACAGGAGGAUCCGGACCCUGAAUACAUAUACUUAUAAACUGGUAGAGAGUUGGACUUUCCCGCUCUCGAGCAUAGGGGUGUAUCUUGCUUCAACAUUGAGAAACCAGAAACAGCUGUUUCUGACGGGUAUGGGCAAGGACAAGAGUUUUCAAGGUACUCCUCACCUGACUCCGUACAUAGUUGCGAAGAGUUUUCUUUGGAGUUUCUUAGUUUCCUUACUGAUACUUUAAGAGAUGAUGUGAUUUGAAUUCAAUGAUUAAGCAAGUCGACUUUCAGUUAGUAUAUAUAAUAGGUGUUACUUG